GGUCAUUCACCGGGAGCCAGGAUGGGCUGCCUCUCAAUAUGGACCUUUCUUUUGCUUCUACUGGGAAUUACAGGCACCAUUUCUCAAGGUACAUGGAGAGGUAUGAUGGGGACAUCAUGGAGACCAAACCCAGCUGUAUACCAUAAUGAAGAUAAUUAUGAGUGGACCACAUGGUUCAAUGUAGAUCACCCUGGUGGGAAAGGAGAUUAUGAGAAGCUGAAUGUAAUUCGUUAUUAUUAUCGAGCCCGUGUGUGUGAGGUUCCUCGAGCUCUGGAGGCACGGACCACCGAAUGGAUCCCAGCUCGCAGCACUGGGGAAAGAGUUCAUGCUGACCCAGCUGGGGGCUUCUGGUGUGUCAAUGAUGAACAGCCUUUUGGGAAGAACUGCUCAAACUAUGCUGUGCGCUUCCUCUGUCCCAGAGACAUUGUGUCAGAUGUUGAAGAAGGAAUAUGGGGUCAGUGGUCAGAUUGGAGUCUGUGUCCUGCUCAGUGUGAUGAAGAAGCAACACAACAUCGCUCUAGAAGCUGCCAAUCUAAUUCCAAACAAUGCAGUGGAAAAAGUGUUGAGGCCAGAUCAUGCCAUGGUCCACCAUGCCCACGUUGUGAUUUGCAAUGCAUUGUGGGCACUGUAAACAGUGAGUGUGAUGGCUGCAUGUGCCAGGAUCAUACAGUGUUAGGCUCAGUUCGUAGUGCUGGGGGACUCCCUGCACCUGGAGCUGCAAUCCUGCGUGCUGGUUCCAGCCCCAAACUCCUCACUGUUACUGAUCACAAUGGUCACUUCCAAGUCCCUGGAAUCUGCCCUGAUGGCAACACAACUCUGAUGGUCAAGCUGAAUAAUCAUGCUCCACAGCAAGUAACUGUGCCCCCAAGCAAAGAACGCACUACCGUCCUUCUUUUGAGGCUUGAACGAGCAAAAAAACUCCAUGUGCUGAAAAACCCUGAGGAUAGGGCCAGAAGGGAAGGUCAGACCGCUGCAUUCUGUUGUAAGAUCGAUGGCACUCCUGGACCAAGCAGUUAUGAAUGGUUCCACAAUGGUACUCUGCUGGACAGGAGUCAGUAUCAGUAUGAUGAGACACUGGUUUUGAGAAAUCUUAGUUUGGACCAUGUUGGUGAAUACUACUGCAGAGGCAGCAAUGAAAACGGAGCCAUCAAAUCCAAACCAGCCACCCUCACAGUUAUUGGUCAAAAAGAACCAUCAUGCAACCCUAGGCCUGAUUCCCAUUUGAUCCGCUUACCACAUGACUGCUUUCAAAACGAAACUAACUCUUUAUACUUUGAUGUGGGAAGAUGCCCAACAACCAAGUGCACAGGGAAGCUGGAUAAUGGCAUCAGAUGCAAAGAUUCAGUUUCCUACUGCUGUGGAGUUUCAAAUCUGGAGGAGAGAGAGAUUACAUGUCAGGGAUAUCAAUUACCCAUCAUGGUGGUGACACAGUGUGGUUGCAAAAAAUGUGUGGACACAAAAGCUAUAGUUCGUGGACGUGCCAUCGCAGCAGAUACUGGAGAGCCCAUGAGGUUUGGACACAUCUACAUGGAUGGUGUAAAAUUAAGUCGGACUGGAUACAAAGGCACAUUCUCAAUCCAGGUGCCAACAAACACAGAGCGCCUGGUGCUCACAUUUGUGGACAGCAUGCAGAAGUUUGUCAACACCACAAAAGUACUACCAUUCAAUCCUAGAGGGGGAGCUGUGUUCCACGAGGUCAAACUGCUGAGGAAAAAGCCAGCUGUGAUCAUAAGCUCAAGAGAGACCAAUAAGCUUGAUCUUGGGGAGGUAGAAGGCCAGGAUCCUGUUGCUGAGAUUGAGAUCCCUCCAAAUGCAUUCUAUAAAGAGAAUGGAGAGGUGUUUAUGGGAAACGUCAAGGCCAGCGUGACUUUCCUAGACCCCAGGGAUGUUUCAACAGCAGCAGCUGCUCAGAGUGAUCUCAACUUCAUUGGUGAUGAAGGUGACACUCUGCCCUUGAGAACCUAUGGAAUGUUCUCAGUAGACUUUAGGGAUGAAGAAGGAGGGGAGUCACUCAAUGCUGGAGAGGUAAAAGUCAGACUCGAUGCUGCACAGGUGAAGAUGCCCGAACAUUUAAAGACCAUGAAAUUAUGGUCUCUAAAUCCUGAAACAGGUUUGUGGGAAGAGGAAGGCCAUUUCCAUGCUGAGAAGAAGCAACGAGGUAAAAGAGAGGAGAGGACAUUCCUCAUAGGUAACAUGGAAAUUCGUGAAAGACGGCUGUUUAACUUGGAUGUACCUGAAAACAGGAGAUGUUAUGUGAAAGUGCGGGCUUUUCGAAGUGAGCGAUACAUGCCAAGUGAGCAAACUGAAGGAGUCGUGAUGACUUUAAUAAAUAUGGAGCCCACACCAGGGUUUUCAACCAACCCUCGGGCUUGGGGUAGAUUUGACAGUGUCAUCACUGGCCCAAAUGGUGCAUGCCUUCCAGCCUUCUGCGAUGAACAGAAACCAGAUGCAUAUUCAGCCUAUGUCAUGGCCAACCUUGGGGGAGAAGAAUUAGAGGCAGUAGCGUCAUCUCCAAAGUUGAAUCCUAACAUCAUAGGUGUCCCACAACCCUAUUUGAAUAAACUCAACUAUAGACGCACAGAUCACGAUGAUCCUAGAAUUAAAAAAACAGCAUUUAGCAUUAAUGUGGCCAAACCCAGGAUAAAUGUGGCUGAGGAAGCCAAUGGUCCAGUCUAUCCAUUUGACAAGCUUAAAGAGUGUGAGGAAGCUUCAUUCAGUGCAGCUCACUUCCGUUUCUCGAGAGUUGAAGGUGAUCGGUAUGAUUACAACACAGUGCCUUUCAAUGAGGAUGAUCCUAUGAGUUGGACUGAAGACUAUUUGAGUUGGUGGCCAAAGCCCAUGGAAUACAGGGCCUGCUACAUUAAAGUAAAACUCAACAGUCCCCAUGAGCUCAACGUUCGGUCUCGAAAUAUGGGAGGUACCCAUCCAAGAACUGUUGGUCAACUUUAUGGCAUUCGUGACACCAGAAGCAUUCGAGACAUGGACCAAACAACAGUUUCAGCAGUGUGUCUUGAGUUUAAAUGUAGUGGGAUGCUCUACGAUCAAGACAGAGUGGAUCGAACCCUUGUGAAGGUAAUGCCUCAGGGAAGCUGCAAGAGAGAUGGUGUAAACAGCAUGCUCCAGGAAUACUUGGUGAAUCACCUUCCACUGGCAGUCAAUAAUGACACAAAUGAGUUCACCAUGCUUGCACCUUUGGACCCUCUGGGCCACAACUAUGGUAUCUAUACAGUGACUGACCAAGACCCCAGGACAGCAAAAGAAAUUGCGCUUGGCCGUUGCUUUGAUGGUACCUCAGAUGGCACAUCUCGAGUCAUGAAAAGCAAUGAAGGAGUGGCAUUAACAUUCACCUGUGGUGACAAAGAGGUCACUAGGCAAAGUAUGUUCCAGCAGAUACAGAACUCACUGGGUCAGGCCACAGCAGGAAGUGCUCGGCCAGGAAGAGGUAACCGGAGACAGAGAGGAAGUUCAACAGCACCUCGCAGCAGUCAGAGGAGGAGUACUCGUAAUUCCAACACACGUUCCCAGACCCUUGGUUGAUAACUAAAGGACUUUAAAAGAAAAGAAAAAAAAA